GGAUGCUUUGCAAUGAGCAGUGCACGAUGAUCUUGCGUGAUAAGACACUCAUUUCGAAUGAGCUGAUGACACUGAAGGAUGAAUUUCAGAAGAGAACGGAGAUUAUGCACGCGGAGCAUCAAGCCGAGAAAGACACGAUGGAGCGCAAGAUGGAGGAGAUGCAGGAAAGAAUCAAGGAAUUGGAAAAUGCGCAGGCCGUGCAAUCGAAGAAUGAAGACGAACGAAAGGGAGAGCAAAAGCAUUUGUGGCAGCUACAAGCUAAGGCCAGUGAAGAAGCUUAUGUCGAAGCUAAAAAAGAGAUGGAGGGGUUAAAGACAUUGUUGCAGACAAGGACAUUGGAGGUGGAGGAUUUGGAGAAACAGCUGGCAACAAAGCUGAACGAGUCAAAGCAGUUUGUGACCAUGAAGAAGAUGAUGCAGACGAAAACCAUGCAGCUGCAGAAGCUUCGUGAGCGGUUGGAAAUGUAUGAACCUCCAGAUGUGGUGCCAACAGCAGAUGAGGAUGCUGAGGAGGAGAAGGAGAAGGAGGAGGAGCUCACCUAGCAUAAGGCAUAAUCAGCCAUAGAUCCUUCAACUUUCUAAGUGCGCAAGGUCUUCCGUGUGUGUGUCUCGGGUGGUCGACGACUGACAGUCAGUCAAUGGGUGACAGCUGCUUACCUGUACGGCAUUGCUCACAGCAGAAAGCAGAAGAAACAUACAAGUCAGCUGAGAAGACAGAGGUUCAGCAGAAGGCUGGUGGCAGAGACGAGCAAGACGACGACAUGUGGCAGAAGAUCUGCAGAAGGCAAGAUCAUGACAAUCAGCAGACUGCAAAUAGCAGCCAGUAAAUAUCGGCAAGCAGA